UCGAGGAGCUGAGAGAGACUUUUGACUACCAGAGCAAAAAACUGACUAGACUGGUGUACUCCUCUGUGCACGGACACUCAACUCUGGAUAAACUUUUACUCUGAAGGAUCUUAUUUAGGCACAGAGAUUCCAAAAUGUUGCUUUGUCUAACAUUGCAGUGGAUUAUUUCAUCUCUGGUUGUUCUUUGCAGUGCAGCUGUGUUGGCGGAGAGCGAGUGCCCAGCAGAGUGCACCUGCCCCCCCUCUCCCCCGGCCUGUGCGCGGGGGAUCAGUUGGGUGCUGGACCACUGCGGCUGCUGUAAAGUCUGUGCCAAACAGUUCAACGAAGACUGUAGCCCCACAGAGCCCUGCGACCACAUCAAGGGGCUGCGCUGCCACCUGGGGGCUGGAGGAGACCCACGCAGAGGCCUGUGCAGAGCUGAGGCCCUGGGUCUGCCCUGUGAGUUCAAUGGGCGCAUGUACCAGCAUGGGGAGCACUUCCAGCCCAGCUGCCAGCACCAGUGCACCUGUAUGAACCGCGUGGUGGGCUGCAUGCCCCUGUGCCCACACCAAGUGCCCCUGCCCGACUGGCGCUGUUCUCGGCCACAGCUGCGCCAGCCUGAGGGCAGCUGCUGCGAGGAGUGGGUCUGCGAAGACAACAACCACAUCAGUGAGGAGCCAGACGGACCAGGGCUAACCACUCUGCCAGACAUGCAGCCCCUGCCCAACCACAUCAGUCCACUGGGGCCAGACCAGCCCCCUCUGAGGCUGCCCGGAGGGAACACUUACAAAGAGAUGUCGUCCCUGCCGAGGUCAGAGGUGCUGCUUGAACCCAGCUGUUUCCUGCACUUGUCCCCCUGGAGUGAGUGCUCUGUGACCUGUGGGAUGGGCCUCUCCUCCAGGGUCACCAACCAUAACCCCCAAUGCCAGCCAAUCAGAGAGACCCGGCUCUGCCAGAUCAGGCCCUGUGAACAGCUCCCCGCAACGCUCAAGAAAGGAAAGAGGUGCCAGCGAAUGAGCCGACCCCAGGACCCUGUCAGUGUGACAUUUGCAGGCUGCUCCACAGCCCAGCGCUACAGGCCCCGCUCCUGUGGGGCGUGUGCAGACGGACGCUGCUGUUCCCCCUCCAUAACCCGCACCGUGCGCAUGCGCUUCCACUGCCCCGACGGCGAGGACCUCCUCCAGAACGUCAUGUGGAUCCAACGCUGCAAGUGCUCUCUCAACUGCCAUGUCAACCCCAUCCUGAGCAUAUACAACGACAUCCACAACUUCACACACUGAGAAACUGAUUAUAAUAGAUUGUGUUCACGACAUUCUAGAAAGUUCUAUCAUCAUUUCAGACGGAGGGCAGGGGGCUAUUACUCUACGUACAGGAAAUCCAGGACACGCUCCUCCUGGUUAAAUAAAGGUUCACUACACAGAAACUACUAAACUACAAAAAAUGGUUUUAAUUGUUUAUUAGAGAUAUGGUUCAUAAACUUGCUGUAGUAUAUUAAUCUUGUGGCUUUAAAUUGUUUCAACUGACAUUUGUGCCUGUGUGUUUGAAUAUUGUUUAUCCAUUUGCAUCUGUAAAUCAUCAUUGGUUUAACAUUAGGCUAACUGAAAAUUCCAUGAUGUUUGAUGGCCCAAUCCUAAGAUCAACAGCUAAUUCUACCGGAGAGUUCUGCCCUGCCCUCCAGCUCAACUAUGGACACUUCAGAAUGUUGUCACGUGACAACAAUGUGAACCCAACCUAUUGUCUGAAAAACUUGCCAACUUAAACCAAUUACAUUACAUUUUUGGAGAGGGAGGUGGGGGUUUCUGUUCCUCCUUCCAAAAACAACCAUGAAAAUAUGUUCGCUUGCACUUUAAGUUUCCUGCCACGAAAUCGGUGUGCCUCAACUAGACGUACCCAGCUUCUAGAACGGGCUUUACUGAGGACUAAAAUGGCACAAAAUGACUGAAACUACUAUUAUUUAUUUAAAACUUCCCUCUGAGUUGAUAGGGGGCGACGUAGAGUGACAUAAGGACAAAGAUAUGGACGAAAAGGACUUAUCAAACGUACAUAUGCAUCAGUGGUUUUCACAAAUCACUGUUAGAAUACACCUUUCUGACAAGUGUACCAAUUGUACAUCAUGCAACUGCCAAUGCCAACAAUAGUGAAAUCUUUAGUUUUAUAGACUUCACUCUUGAAUGUGGAGUGAAUAUAUUUAGGAUCACCUCAUUUUUCGGGGUGUGAUUUUGUGUGUUUUUAGUGUAAAUAGUGCCUUAUUUGAACAGUGAAUGUAUUCUUUCUAUGUAUUUAUGUUAUUUUUUAAGUUGUUGUGCAUGUAAUAAAACAGU